UGGCGGUUAAGCGGCGGAGUGCUAUGGAGGGUCGGGGGGCGGUGAGUUGACAGAAGGCGGACAAGAUGGCGUUCGCGCGGCGGGUUUAUAAUUCUCUCUUCAGGCGCACCUCUACCUUCGCCCUCACCAUAAUAGUGAGCGCUUUCGUCUUCGAGAGGGCCUUCGACCAAGGCGGGGACGCGCUGUUCGAGCACCUGAACAGGGGGAAACUCUGGAAACACAUCAGACAUAAUUACGUGAAGAAUGACGACUAAAGUGCAUUCCAUGCUGCAAGAUACUUUCCAUUUGUUUUGGAUGAACUGCCUGGUACUUGAGCUUCCAUCGAUGGAUCAUAUACCAGGAUGAACUUUAACAGACUGUUGCCAAUCCUAUUCUCUGCAAGCAUGAAUUAUUACUAUGAAUGGACUAAGAUGGGGCAUAUCUGCAGAAAUAUACAUUGCUGGCAUAUGUAAUAAAUUCUAUGAACUCCU